AGACGGAAGCGGAAGUGUCGGCGGCGCGCAAGUAGGAAGUGGUGAUAGCCUAGAGUGGAGAUGGCUGCGCUGGCUCCGCUGCCCCCGCUCCCCCCACAGUUUAAGAGCAUACAGCAUCACCUGAGGACGGCUCAGGAGCAUGACAAGCGGGACCCGGUGGUGGCCUAUUACUGUCGGUUAUAUGCCAUGCAAACUGGAAUGAAGAUUGAUAGUAAAACUCCUGAAUGUCGUAAAUUUUUAUCAAAAUUAAUGGAUCAGUUAGAAGCUCUUAAGAAACAGUUGGGUGAUAAUGAAGCUAUUACUCAAGAAAUAGUUGGCUCUGCCCAUUUGGAGAAUUAUGCUUUGAAAAUGUUUUUAUAUGCAGACAAUGAAGAUCGUGCUGGGCGAUUUCACAAAAACAUGAUCAAGUCCUUCUAUACUGCAAGUCUUUUAAUAGAUGUCAUAACAGUGUUUGGAGAACUCACUGAUGAAAAUGUGAAACACAGAAAGUAUGCAAGGUGGAAGGCAACAUAUAUCCAUAAUUGCUUAAAGAAUGGGGAGACUCCUCAAGCAGGCCCUGUUGGAAUUGAAGAAGAUAAUGAUGGUGAAGAAAAUGAAGAUGCCGGAGUAGCCUCUUUGCCCACUCAACCACCUCAGCCAUCAUCAUCCUCAGCAUUUGACCCAGGCAGCAUGCCAUCAGGCAGCUAUAGUGGCAUACAGAUUCCUCCGGGUGCACACGCUCCAGCCAACACACCAGCGGAAGUGCCUCAUGGCACAGGUGUAACAAGUAAUACUAUCCAACCUGCUCCACAGACUAUUCCAGCCAUUGAUCCUGCACUUUUCAGUACAGUUUCCCAGGGCGAUAUCCGCCUCACCCCUGAGGACUUUGCGAGAGCUCAGAAGUACUGCAAAUAUGCCGGCAGUGCUUUGCAAUAUGAAGAUGUAAGCACUGCCGUUCAGAAUCUACAGAAAGCCCUCAAGUUACUGACGACCGGCAGAGAAUGAAGCCUUUGUACAACAGAUCCAUGUAUUUUGGGCAUAAGGAACUAACUCCAUUACUCUGUCUUCAGCCUAUCAGGAGUACAGUUUUAAGAAAGACUUCAGUUGAAUUGAAUAUGACAAUGAAAUCUGUGUGUAUCAGAUUCCUUUUGAAGCAUUCAGCAGCAGCCUCAACCAGUUUUUAUUGUCCAUUUAGUGACUCCAAUAAUUUAUGGGUACAUAGGGCUGAUGUUGGCAAGACCCUAAAAAUACCCUUUGAACCCUUCUUUAGCAGAUGAAAACACAGGAAGUAUCUAUUGGAAAUAAGCUUUAUUCAUUUACAUACAUGAAGAGAAUUUUUUAAAAGCCAUACUGUUUGGACAAAUGGAUCAUAUUACUUUUCUGUAAAAUUCUAAAUUUAAUAAAAGAUUCCAAAAUAGUCUAGAUUAGAGAUUACCCUUUUGUUUUCCUUAAGACUUAUAAAGCAAAUACAAAUGUCCUAAAGUAUUAGAUUAACCUGAAAAAAUUAUGUUCAAAACUCAAUUUUUAUUCAUUUAAGUUUAAAGUUGACAGAAGGAAAAGUCAUUCAGUAAAGAGGUAGAAUUGCUUUCAGACUUAAUAAUGUUAAUAAUAUUGGUUUCCCAAAUGCUUUUCCUUAUCCAUUGAAGCUUAAGGUGAACUGGUAUUUGCUGCAUCAGCAGUCGUACUGCAUGUCAUAGAGAAUGAAAAACAGAGAUCUGUAGAGAUGCCUGAAGACUUGGUGCUUUUAAGUUAAGAUUCUUCUCAGCUGCUGUGGAGUAGGGUCCAUAGAGUGCACAGCUGUGAAUGAUUCAGAGGAUUUAUAAGACUUAAGAUACUCCAUUGUUAAGUUUAUAAAUUUUGUGGGAAAUUAUGGACUUACUGUGUCACCUGAAUUUGCUGUGUAAAAAAACAAUAAAUACAAGGAUUAUUUUUAGUUCAAAAUUAUUGUAAAGCCAGAUGUCUGUUUUGAUUUGCAUGGCAAAAUUGUCAAUAUUUUAAGUCAUUGUCUUUAGUUACAGAAAUAUGGAUACUUCUAGAGUAAGAAGCAUUUUUUGAAACAAGGUAAAUAUGAUAGAUUUAUCAUAAAUGUAUCUGGUUCCUGUCAUUCAUGCCACUAACAUUGAAAUUCUUUAACAAAGGAAGUCAACAAUUGGCUGGCCCUCUGUUGUGUAAAGUCUUUUUAAACAAAACCAUAUCCAUUAAUUUCUAUUUUAUAUGCAGUUACUUUCCACAACUGCAGAGUUGUACAUCUUGCAAGUCUAAAAUAAUGUCUGGCCCUUGAAGAAAAAGUUUACUGACAUUUAUUCUAACAUGCUGUUUGAAAGAAAAUGAAUCACUAACUCAUAAUCACUUCUGCCUGUUUUUCUCUGCAUCAUUGUGAUGUUGUUGUACAGGGUUUGGGAGAAGAAAUCUGUACACCAAACGAACUGUUCUAAUUAUUGCACAAAACAUGCCUUCUAUGUGAACAUUCAUAAGGCUCAUCAUUUGCAUCUAGUGCUGUAGUAUAGUUUCUUAGAACAUUAUUUUCACAAUAAGGUUGACUAGGAUUCUCUUUAGUGUCACAAGAGGUAAGUACAGUUCAGCACACAUUUUAAUUCAAACUUUAACAAGUCUGGACACUGAAAAGUAAAGCUACCACCUCCUUCAUACCUUUCCUGUUGGCUUCUAAUUGAGAGAGCCUGUUGAUGGAAGGAGACAUGCAGAAGCCAUGGAAUCCGUGAUUAGUGGGCUACAUGUUGUAAGGGAAUCCUCUGGGGAGAUAAUACCACUAACCCUCUCAGCAUUUGUCAUGAGAAUUAAAUGAGAUACAAUUCAUGAAGUGCUUAGUACAUGAUAUUAUUUCAUAAAUGUUUAUUGUUAACUUUAAUGCUAUGAUGUUAAUUGUUAAUAAUAAUUUAUUUCCCAAAUAUCAGGAAAUCUCUAUGUGGCCGAAUGCUUCAGAAUGCUUUCUUGCAUGAAAAGACUGAACUGUAUAAUGAUUUUUAACUCUUGUGUGUAUUUCUUUAUAUACUGGUGAUAAAAUUAGGAAGAAUUUUCUAUGUAACACUAAGAUAAGCAGUUUUCAUUGAUGCCUUCAACAGGUCCUUAUUGAGUUGCUACUAUGUGCCUGAAUUGUUCUUUGCAAGAAGAAACAGAAAACAAGGAAGGAGGCUUGGAUCAUUACCUCAUCCAGUUUACAUUCUAAUGAGGAAAGAAAUAGACAAACUUAAUAAAAUGUAUGUCACAUAUGGUACAGGA